AAGACUGGUCUUGCGAUCGCGUGUGUAUAUUGCGUCAGACGCCGCCGUGAGAAGAACUUGUCUGACGGUGAGCUGCAGUUGUACAGGUCGACAACGUCGAAGUGAGUUCCGUCAUGGCUGAUGCUAAAGACCCCCAUGUCCAGGUUGAGGAUGAGGUCACCCCGUGGACUGUCCAGAGCGUGUCCCAGAAAGGCGUGGACUACAACAAGCUCAUAGACAAAUUUGGCAGCGUAAGAAUAACGGAGGACCUCAUCAAGAGAAUUGAACGUGUGACAGGGAAGAAACCACACCGUUUCCUCACAAGAGAAAUAUUCUUCUCACACCGAGAGCUAGGCCAGGUCCUGGACAUGUAUGAGAAGAAGCAGCCGUUCUACCUGUACACUGGCCGCGGACCAUCUUCAGAGGCCAUGCACCUGGGCCAUCUAAUACCAUUCAUCUUCACUAAAUGGCUACAGGAUACUUUCGACGUUCCGUUGGUGAUCCAGAUGACAGAUGAUGAGAAAUUCCUGUGGAGGGACCUGGAACUGGAGGAGGCACACCGCCUCGCGCAUGAGAACGCCAAGGACAUCAUCGCUUGUGGAUUUGACCUUGACAAGACUUUCAUCUUCAGCGAUCUGGAAUAUGUUGGAGGCUCCAUUGAAUUUUACAAGAAUAUCUGUCGAGUGGAGAAGCUGGUCACAGUCAAUCAAGCCAAGGGAAUAUUUGGCUUCACAGACAGCGACUGUAUCGGCCAGAUCAGUUUCCCGGCCAUCCAGGCGGCGCCCAGCUUCAGCUCCUCUUUCCCACAGAUCUUCAACGGAAGGAGUGACGUUCCCUGCCUCAUCCCCUGCGCAAUAGAUCAGGACCCGUAUUUCCGGAUGACACGUGAUGCGGCACCCCGGAUGAAAUGCCACAAACCAGCCCUGAUUCACUCCGUAUUCUUUCCUGCUCUGAAGGGGGCUAAAGGGAAGAUGAGUUCCAGUGACCCAACAUCUUCAAUUUUCCUCACUGACUCGGAAAAGGAUAUUGCUGACAAGAUUAACAAGUUCGCAUUUUCAGGCGGCCAAGACACAAAAGAGGAUCAGGAAAAACAUGGUGGCGACUGUUCCAUUGAUGUGUCCUACCAGUAUCUCAGGUUCUUCCUGGACGAUGAUGCUAAGCUGAAACGUAUCGAAGAGCGGUACACCAGUGGACAGAUGAUGACAGGAGAGCUGAAGCAAGAGCUCAUCAAGGUCCUUCAGACACUGGUUUCCGGUCAUCGUGAGCGGCGUGCACAAGUCUCCGACGCCAUGGUGAACUACUACAUGACGCCCCGGAAACUCAAGUACAACUACACCGACCCAUCUAAGCCCCUGGGCACUUGCUGAGGAGAAACACUCCGAUAGAUAGGGAAUGGUCAUUGUGGGUUAAUAUGUUCCUAUUUCCUGAUUUCAAAGAUACGUACAUCCAGUUUAUAAGGCCUUUUCUCACAGCGCACUCGUUCUUUAUCUUUUAAAUCUGUAUUCUCGAUUCAGAAAUACAUGGAAAUCAUAUUUUCUUCUACUGCAUAUACGUAGAACAUGUUAGGAGCAAAAGCAAGGCGUAUGCAGCACAAAUAGUUGGUAAUCGUGUAAAACAGUUUCAGGAAACCUUUUUCAACAAGUUAGAAUACUUGUAGAAUACACUGCUUAAACUUUGUCGUGCAACUUGGAACGCCGAGGAUGACAGUUGGAAUCAUGUAUUUGGUGUAUUAUUCAUGCAAUGACGAAUGGGUUAUAAAACGUUUAUAAAAUCCGAUUCAAUUUUGGGUCGUAAUCCAUUGAAUUGUGUAAGAAAACAACUUGCUUAAAAUGAAAUUCUACUACCUUUCUUGUUUGAAUUUGGAGCAUUUGUCUCGGGUUUUGUAAGCUAUUUUCAAAGUACCUGUAUACAUGUAGAGACGAGAGACAUUCAAACUUGAGCAAAUUGGCAAAAUGGAUUUUGUGUUGUCGGUCACUCCUAUUACUUAGACAUUGAAUUACAAUAAAUAUGAACUAAAAUCCUACAUGUUGUUGAAUGUCAGUCAAAAUCGAAAAGAACUUGCAAUUUGCGCCCUGUUUAAAUCCUACUAUCUGAAUAAAUGUGUAAAAUCUCA